CCACGCACUAUUACCCGUACACUACCUACCUCAGGUAGCUGCCCACCAGGGUUGCACGGCACGUCGGACGACCACACCGCAUCUCCAGGCCUGUUGCUGCAUCCCCCGAUAAAUGCCCGGCUUCGGGGCCCUGCUGCGACGCAGGCACGCCUUGGGGUUCCUAGUGUGGGGGAAAUGGCUGUACACAUGCCCACGGUACACAUGUAGGGUUGCCGUGCCUGCAGAACGACUGACUGGGCCGGCUUGUCCUCGCGGCCGCAUCUGUGGCCCGCGCAGGGCGACGAGAGUUUCCGUGUCCGUCCAGAUGGUGGAACAUGGCAAGGAGCAGGCAGGGAGCAUCGCGUCAAAGGUUACUACUGGGACUGAGAACGACUACCACGGAGGUGAUGCCGGACCGAGCAGCAAUCUGCGGAGAGCUCCCCUUGCCCCGGCGGCCAAAUACCCUGGAGAUGAAAACGAGUUGACGGGGUUGCCCCGCAGACCCGGCUCUCAGGGAGUUAGAGUUGCCCGGGAAUUUCAAACAUUCGAAAAGGGGGACCGCCACCCACCAAGCCCUCCUCUGCAUCGAAAAAGCACUGCACUAUGUGUCCCGCCUACCUCUUGGUGACAUCUUGCUUCUCCAACUAGUUAUGUAGCCGCGGCUGGGCAUCGAACCUGGAAAUCGCCUCCGUACUCUACUACUGGUUGAGCAUGGCGAAACUGUCCCGCCGGGACGAACGCCAUGGCUAGGGUGAACCCCGUUCGAG